AGAGCGAGGGAGCAAACAGCGGUGGAAGUGGGUGGCGUUCUCUGCUGCAGGGAUCUGUCCAGGAGCAGAGCUACACAGCAGUACAGAACCGAACAGAACAGCACAGAACAGCACAGACGCACGGCUCCAGCUAUAAGCAGCCCAGAGAGGACCAGACAACACACACAGACAGAGCGAGAUUGAGAGAGAGAGAGAGAGAGAGAGAGAGAGAGAGAGAGAGAGAAUACCCUGCUGUCCACAGUGACCUCAAGAGAAACACCCCAGAGACUGAGGGAGAGAGGGGGGGAGAGAGGGGUGAUCAAACAGACAGAAAUACAGAGGGAAGGAGAGAGGAGAGAACACAGGAGAGAAGAGAGGACACGCCAUCUCCAUGGACACAGGGAACUUUCUGCAGCACACUGAGCUCUCUACGAUGGUCUGCAUUCUAUGCCUUCCUGAGCCACUCAAUUAUUAAUCUUUCCCUUCUCGUCUGAUUGUGAAACACAACUUUUCCUUUUAAAAGUUUGAGAGACGGAUGUCUGGGUAUUUCUUACCUACCAACAUAUCUUUGUUUCUGAUACUACUGGCUGUUUUUCUGUCUGUACAACAGAGCAGGCUUUGGAUCUUACCUGUAUGCCUGAGUGUGUGGGUGAGUGUGUGAGUGGGUGGGUGAGUGUUAGUGAGAAAAUGUGUAAAUGGGGUGAAUGAGUGUAUAAGUGAUUGAGUGAGUGUUAGUCUGAGUUUGGAUUCAAUGUCAGAAAGGCUGGAAGACCGGUACCUCUAACUUACAAGCGACUUCAUCUUUCCUCACAGUUUUCCCCAUGUUGAUUCUCUAAAGGGGACUUUGAAAUCUCUAAGGACCUUAUCAAGAAGAUUUGUGUUUUUGAACAGGAUCAUUUUAAAGGGAGUGAUUGAGGAGGACAGUGGCAGAUCAGCUCCAGUGACGCUCCAGUGGCCACGUCAGCCCCUGUCUCUGUGUCAGGAUGGCUGGCUGUACCUGCCGCUGCAGACAGGGGGUGCUCAAGUUCAUUCAGUCUCUACGCAGACUCGUCUCUGGGACGCUCACCAAAGACAAGAUUGAUGAUGAGUUGGAGAUGACCAUGGUGUGUCACAGGCCAGAGGGUCUGGAGCAGUUGGAAGCCCAGACCAACUUCACCAAGAGAGAGCUACAGAUCCUCUACCGAGGCUUCAAGAAUGAGUGCCCGAGUGGAGUGGUGAAUGAAGAAACAUUUAAACACAUCUACGCCCAGUUCUUCCCCCAUGGAGAUGCCAGCACUUACGCGCAUUAUCUCUUCAAUGCGUUUGACACGACAAGCAAUGGAUCCAUCAAGUUUGAAGAGUUUGUAAUGGGACUGUCUACGCUGCUGCGGGGCACUCUGAGAGAGAAGCUGGAGUGGACUUUUCAUCUGUACGACAUCAACAAUGAUGGCUACAUUAACAGAGAGGAGAUGACUGAGAUUGUGAGGGCCAUUUACGACAUGAUGGGGAAAUAUACCUACCCUGCACUCAAGGGAGAUGUCCCUAAACAGCAUGUGGAUGCUUUUUUCCAGAAAAUGGAUAAAAACAAAGAUGGAGUUGUGACUUUAGAGGAGUUCAUUGUCGCAUGCCAGGAGGAUGAAAUGAUGAUGAGAUCCAUGCAGCUCUUUGAAAAUGUGAUGUAAAAAAGGAGCUGAUGGAAGGAAGGAGAGAGAAAAAAUGAGAAAAUUAGAGAGAAUUCUGUCUGUGUUUCAGUGUGUGCGUCUGCACACGCAUGUUUGUUUAUCUGUGUGUGUCUGUCAGAGUGGAUGAAUGUGUAUGUAUGUCUCUCUCUCAUCCUCUCAUCUAACUUGUCAGCAUUCAUGUGUUUGCCAAAUAAUGUCUCUGCCUGGCUACCUGCUUUUGUGUGGAUCAAAUGAAGCCAGAACCGCCCAAAUGACCAGCUGAGAGCGACAAGCAGCAGUCUCACUGCAGAAUUAGACAUUCAUCUACGUUCUCCAAAUGUCAAAUUUCGAAGUUGCUCCAAACAUCACAUU